CCAUGUUAUGUUGAAGUUGAGGUGUGGCGCCGUAUGAAAAGGUAAACACAUCUAGCCAUUCGUGAAAUUCUAGCUAAGAUUAUAAAUUCAUUUUCAAUGGACUUUUGCUUAGGUUCCCAAAUAUUUAUUUUAAUCCCUGUAAGACAGGAAAAACGCCGGCACAAGUUAUAGUCAAAUGCCAUUUCAGCCAAAGCGAAGCUUGAUUGCUCCAAUAAGAUCCAGCACGAGAGGAUCCUAAUAAUUUAGCUUCGUUAGGGAAGCCUUCGCUCUUUCAGAAUCUCAGAAUCAAAAAAUUUAAAAGAAGGGUGCUGUCUCGCUAUAUUCUCUGACAGCUUUCGAUGUAAUAUUUGAUUAUAUCAAGCACAUUUGCCUUUAUGAUAUCUCGCAUAUUUUCAUGGUAAGCGACAGUUUAUAAUCUCUUGUUGUAACUGAUGUGGAGGUUUUGAGCAAAUGGAAUUAACAAAGAUUCGAAUAUUACGAAAGCCACUUUUUUAUGGAACAUACGCAUUAACAAUGCAUGUAUUUUUGCUAUUUCAUCAUUUUUAGCAACCUGGACAAUUCGGUAAAAAAGGCAAUGUUCCGAUUUUCCAGUGAGCUACAGAGAGUUUUUAAUCCAGUGAUUUCAUUUCCAACUUUAAAUUGCCAAACUAACCUUGUCUUAUCUGAACUUGUAAAAGCUAAAGUGGGCCAGCUGGUAAUGAGCUAAAAGUAGUGGCGACCGCCUCGAAUGGCCCAUAAGUUUUGAACUAGCUUUAAAGACUGGGUCGAGUGAAUGAGAUCGAGGUUGAUGGAUAAACUUUGCGCGCGCACCGAAGACAAAGCUGCAACAUUUUCGUAUUUUGUAAGCUUGUUUUCUUCCUCUAUUCCUUAAGCACGUCCAAAGCAGAAUAGCCAUAUGGUUCAAAAUGCUUCCCCUGUGAAAUUAACUGAAAACUGUGCUGUGCUAAAACCACUGGCGCCCGAACAACUGCAACUGACAAGCUGGGUUCGAUUUUUACGUUUUACAUUUAAGACUCAAGCAAUUAAAGUAUCGCGAAAUUAACCUGAAUAAAGUUUUUUUAAAGGAAAGACGAGCAAUUUGACCCUCCCUUCGAUGUAGAUAUCAAAGUUUUUCCGUGGGCCAAAGCUACUGGAACGUUUGUAGAAACGGUCCCUGUUCCAUUUGAAGAAGACGUUUUUUAACAACUCAGAAAUCUGGACAGAUAUGACAUUUGGAAAUUCUUUAGAUAUUCUUACCUUCCUUUUUUUCGGCGAUCCAAAGGGUUGUGAUUUCUUCAAUUCUUCUGUGAGAGGUUGCGACAAUAGUAAUUGCAUCUUGUUUUUUAAAAACAAGAUGUGUCAUUUCUUUUUUUUUCAAAAUGAUUAAGAUACAUUUUCUCUUCGACCGCGAGCUAAAUCCUACCACGAAACGUGUAAUUACUUUAAGUCUGUUUUAAUAAGACAAUAUAGGCAGAAAGAAAGAAACCCUCUUUAUUAAUGCGAUAUAUAAUCUCUUUCUAUCAGGAAUCUGUUUGAGUGUUUCACAUCAAAUAAAUUUUUCGUAAAAAACCGACAUUUUCUACUCCAGUAUUCCUCUUUUUCUACAAAUAAACAAAGUAGGUAGCGAAACUGUGGUUUUCUGUUGGUGGGGGGUACAAGAUGAUUUGGUUUCAAUAUCUGAUUUAAUAAUGUAAACCGGUGACUGUGAAGAGUUGCUAACGUUGACGUUUCGAGCGUUAGCCCUUCGUCAGAGCGAAGUUCGAUCGUUAUCAGUUACUCAGUAAUCAAGUGGCUUCGUAUUUUUCAUAAAUAAUUGAUUGCACAUGGUACAUUGGCGGAACGUCCUCGAUUUUGGUUAAGAGCACCCCAAGCUGUGGUAAAAUCAGGUGGAUAUUUUUUCUAGAAGCUCUCAUGAAGUUUAUGAUAAGCAGUCUGAGAUAAGAUUUUUCUUACCUUACAAUAUUUCUGACGAUAUGUUCCUCUAACAUCUGCAAAAUUGGUUUUCAUUUAUUGGUAUUAUCCUGCGUAAAAAAAAGUAUCUGAGUUUCUGUGGCACAAAUUUUGAAGGUUUGUACACUUCACUGUUUUCUCACAUAUUUUAAUUUCGGCGUAGGCAAGUCAUUGUCCUUUGCCAGGUUAACUAAGUGUUUGUUUGUUUUCGUUUUUUGCUUUGCGCAGUAGACUACGUUGAGAGAGAGAUAUUACCAGCUUUGGUUUGAUCUUUCAGCAUUCUAACCAAGUUUGAGAAAAAAGAAAUCAUUGAUUUAAUGCUGGUAAGGUAAUUAUAACAAUCCACCAACUUCUGGCGCGACUACAGGCCUGGUGAAAACAAGAAAGUUAACCCAAAUCGAUUCGUUGAAUUCCUUUGUUUGUAUUAUUUUUGGUUCCCACGGGUAAAGACAAUCAACCACGCGAAAAUAGUUUAAGUAUAUUUUUGGUGUAGAAUAAGUAAACUCGAACUGUAUAAUGUUUCCCCCAUCUAUUUUACUUUGAUUUUAUGUCGGUUUUAUCGUGUGUGUGUUUGAUAUUUGUACGUUUGGUAAGUUAUGUCCAAGAGAGCCACAUGAUCUCAAGCAAUGAAAAGCCGUAAUUUCUGUCAGGAAGAUCUCUUCCUUCUGUAGAAGAUGCUUCGAUCACUCUGCUCCGGUCAUGAUUUUCACAAAUAAUCAAUGUGCUAUCUAUUUACCAAUCCUAAUAUUGAACUUUAAAUUGGCAGCCGUAAAGCUGAAGUUUCGAGUGUUGGCUCGUCGUCAGAGCGAAGCCUCUGAGAAAUAAUGUUUUAAAGGAGACAAAACAAAACAAUCGGGAAUUUUAAUUAAACAAAAAAAGAAAGAAACGGUUUCCCUUCGACAACGAGGACCUAAAAAGACCUGUCUAUUUUUCAACCUAGUUAUUACCUACAGUUUCCUCUUCUUUUUAAAAUAUGGAUCGAAAAAACAGUCAGUUCGAGUUGUCACAAAAAUAUAUAUAUAUAUAUAUGAGAAAAAAAAACAACUGAUGAUGCCGUCUUGAUAACGAGUAUCCAGCGUGCUAAACAAAUGUAUACGGAAAAGAAAUGGAUUCACACAAAAACAAGUACACUCAUUUAAGGACUACUGAAUUGACAAUAUGUUUAUCUGGUGUUCGCUUCGAAGAAAGAAAAUUGUUUGAAAACCUCCCUGUUCGCUGUCCUUCUUAAAUAUAAAAAGUUUAACCUUUUAACUAAAAUCUGAUAUGCUCUAUCUUCAUGUGAAAGAUGAUGAGUAAAAAUGUCCGACGAUCGGCGCCCUUCUAAGUCGAUAAUCAAAAGGAACUUUUAAAUUUAGAGCGCGAAACAGAGGAAAAGUUCGACUGAACAUGUCUCAAUUCUUUAAAGGGCAGGAGCAAGGCAAACGAAUACAAAAUAGCCAAAAAAAUAAAACUUCAAUCAAUCUUUUGGAAGCGAGUGGAUCGUACUUCAACAGGGUGUGUCCAGCAUUUACUUCUUGUUCCAUUAGAAAAAGAAUAUAAGAAUCUGUCGAGAAAUGAAAGAAGCUGUUGGCUUUUUAGAGUUGGGAAUGCGAUGAAAGCUUACUUCUAAAAGUUAUCACAUCAAGAUGAGACACUCUCAUCAUUCUCGUCGUUGGUAGUAUACCAUUUCAUCAUAUUUCUGUAUUUCAAGAAAUUUAUCAAACCUUUCAACAAUUUUGUAUUUAGAAUAUACCUAGAAAGAUUACAAAAAAGAGGUAAAACAGACAACCAAGGUCAAACUGUUUUAUUAUUUGAAAUCGGCAUGCAUAAACCCUCUUUUUAUCAUUGGAAUGUUAUUCAUUCGAAUACAACAGAGCAAUCUAGUUUAUUCUUUGGUACGCAUUUGAGUUGGUCGAAAUGAAUUAUCGCAUUGCUAUGAUUUUGCAUACAGGGGGUCUGGAAAUAUAGCAAAACAGUGGGAGACAAGGCAGAAGUCAUUCGUGCACAAGAAAAAUAAUAAUAGCUUUCUGGUUUACUUGAAAGCAGCUUUCAAAGAAUAGUGAGAGCCACAGGUACGAGGGAAAUUAAACACGAAAUUCGUUGUUCUGUUGGAAGACGAAAUAAUUCACGAAUAUUUGGUACCUAAUCACAUUUGUUGACCGAUAGAUCAGUUCGUUUAUUUUCAAAUGUCUUUUUCGAUAUUAUGCAAUCCAUAUUCAAAUUUCACAGUAAAGAAAAAUUAGAUGCAGGUCACGAAACAGUAUGAAUAAUCUUUAAAAGUACAGGGCUUCAAAUGACUAUUCCCGGUUAUUAAAAUCCUUUAACUGUAAUGUUUUCUUGCGAAAUUUUUAUGACCUUAUUUAGAACAAAAAGCAAAAUUGUUGUUAGUUAUGUCGAUCUCGUGUUUUUGGUUUCCGUUUGAAAAUCAUUUUAAAGGCUUUUUCCGACUUAUAACAAUUGGUUCAUGUGACACAUUUCAGAAAUUUGGGACGUGUUUGGAAAUUAGAAACGCUUUUAAUGAUCCCGGUUAGGUUUUUAAAAUCCUAGACGAUCAGAAAUGUCUUGGUUUUCGUUUUCUCCUGCCUGCGCUUCCGUACAUUUACACUAAUCAUCAGCGUAUAUAAUUAGGAUGUAAGGCGCGCUCGCGUGACAGACAUAGAUUUGAUUACUUGAAGAAGCUAAGUUGUCAUAGAAGGUCUGUUCGUUUCAAGAUCAUGGAAAGCCCCGGGUCUUUUUAUCAUUUUAGGAUCGUUAAAUGGUAUGUCUCACUUUUAGUGAAUGAUUGAUACAUGCAAUCGACUGAUUUAUUUAUUGAUUUAUUUAUUUUUUAAGUUACAAACGAAGGAGCUGAAAACAUUUUUUUUCUGUGUUUCCUUUGCACGACUUACGCUUGUCUUUACUUGAGAAAUAUACGAGCGAUGAAAAUGAGACAGAUGCAAUGUAUUACGAAACCUCUCAUCGGAAUUACAGAUUUAUGACUUUUAGUGGAGAUUAUCAGCUUGGCGGAAGAUAUGCGGGAUACCUUUGAAAUAAAUUACUUAAGAUUGAAGUGAAGUGGAAACCUGACCUAACGCCAUUUAACAUCUUAUUAUUGUUUAAAAGCUGCGUUUCAGCCAUAACACGCAAACCAAUCUAUCUUGUUAAUUGUUUCAAAAGAGGAAAUUUUCUUAUUAUUAUUACUGAAUUUUUAUCUUGCACCCAAAUUGAAUCUGGUACUAGCGGAGUUUUUAAAGAAUAAACAUGGCUGAAAGAAAACUUAACUAGGUAUUGCGACAAGGGAACGUUUAUGUCAAUCGCAUGCAGGACCUCAACUCCAUUUCAAGCUAAACAAAAACAAUAACACCACGACGCUCAGCCGCGUCGCAAACAUCAGUUGUUCUAGUAAUCGUAGAAAAUCGUCAUCAUUUUUUAGCCAAGGAUACCGUGUUCUUUUUCUUCUUUGUUUUGUUUUGUAUUUUUGGUUUGCCAAAGAAGUAAUAAGGUAAACAAACAAACACGUUUCGAAGAAGAAGCAUCCAUGAUCGAAUAUUAAAGACGAAUUUCAAAAUGUUAAGUUACUCCUUUAAAAUUACAAAACACUUUAAGAGUUCUAUUGUCAUAUAUCCUUUUUAAUGACAGAGAGAGGCAUUUUAUGGCUUUUGAACCAAAUUUCUCGUCCAUAAGAAGUACUUAAGUUGAACUUCAAUUUACAAUCCGGUGGUCCUUCCUCAACCUCCUAUCUUUGAUGUGACAAGGGCUGUCUUCAACACUCAUUAGCCAGCAAUUUUCUGAAUAUAUUGGAUUUUUUAUUGCUCCUUUCCAAGAGUUCCUUUGUCAAAUAUGGUUGGUGAUCACGAUCACUAACUAGCUGCAGUAUUUCACUUUCCUGCGUGAUCUAAUGAGGAGUAUUUCUUUAGAACAGUAUGAAUGUCAGUAUACACGAAAAAGCUAAAGAUAGCGAACGGAAAACAAUAUUGUGAACAAAAAAAAGGCAAUUUCACUCGCCUUAAAUUACUCCACCUGCUUUAAUUUUCAUUUAUCUGUAUCCUGUGAAACAUUUUACUAAUUGUCGUUCGAGACAUUAUCAGUCAGACCGACAAAACAUUAAAUAGUUUGACUCCGCUUUCACUCAGUAAUUUGUUUCGCAUCGUGUUACAAAUUUGACUUCCAAAAAUAAAUGAGGGAAGGGACCGAGUGACGCCCAUUUCAUUAAUUUUUUACUUUUGAGCGCCUUAAGCUUAUUCAAAUAUCCCUUCUUAUCUAGUGAAUGAUUCAGGAUUGCAAACCAAGCUAUAAACACUUUUUCGUCAUUGAUGUAUUUCUCUUUAGCGUUAAAAACUAAAAGCUUUUUCUAAAUUAAUUCGAAACACUUCCUCUGUGACAAGCAGAGAUCGUGAGUUGUCAAAACUUUUGCGAAACCCCUAUAUACUUUAUCUAAGGUAUACUUGAUGAAACUUUGAUUAGGGGACAGGAGGUUGUUCUUAAUGAUGAUAACAUACAAAGCGGCUAACGUCUAAUUAAUUAAUCAACUAGGAAAUAGUGAAAGCACAUUUGUUUUCAUGUUUAACAUCUGUUCUCUGCUUGCUAGUUAAAGGAAGGGAACACGAAGAAAGCGCUGAAUAUUAUCCAACACCCGCCAUUGACAUUUGCCGAUUUUGUAAACUGAACAAGCCAUGUCUUUCAACAAUUCCACCGACGUCCCAAGUGGCAACUUUACCCAAACGAAUACUUUUACUGCAAGUGCUCUAGAGCCGCUCUGGUUGGUUGUGAUACGUCUUUCUGUUGAAGCAUUUAUUGCCUUGGCUGGUGUCAUUGGAAACUUAGCUGUGUGCUUUGCAAUAUCACAGCAUCGGUCACUGAAUACAGUUCCUACAAAUACGUACAUCAGAAAUGUAGCUGUUGGCGACUUAGCCUCCCUUCUUGUGUCUUUUCCUCUCGGAACAGUCACGGAACAUUUCGCCUACUGGCCACUUGGCGAAUUCGCAUGCCGAUAUAUUUUCCCGCUGAGCGACACCUUUUUCGGAGUGUCUAUUUGGUCAAUUACCGCCAUUGCCGUUGAAAGGCAUCGUAUACUGAACGCAAGGUUCCCCCAAAUGGCUUCCAGGUCAUUGGCAAAACCAAGAAUUGUAUGCGCUGUCAUUUGGAUCUUUUCAUUUCUUGGGAUUUCUUUGCCUCUGUUACUUGUAUUUGAUUACUACCAGCAAUCAGACGGGAUUUACUGUGUAGCAGUGUGGCCUAACAACGGGCUUAUUUACAUCUAUAGCAUCGCAAUGACCUUGUUCACCUAUGUUAUACCACUUUCCCUCAUCCUUAUGAGUUACUGUGCCAUCAAGCGCAAGCUGCGCAAGAGCGAAUCGUUCAACAUGGAAAUUGCAGAAAAUAGCUGCACGGGAAGCUUCAGAACCAGCCAAGUAAGCCUCGUGAAAACACGUAGUAAAAGAGUCAGUAAGAUCAUGACCCCAGUAGUUGUAGUUUUCGCAGUCACUGUUCUUCCACUCAGCAUUUUCCGAGUAAUUCCAAUCGAUUAUCACUUCAAAUAUCAAAAAUUUUCUUUCAUUUAUUAUAGGAUUUGCAUAUUUUUUUAUCUUUUCAAUUCUGCUUGUAACCCUUUCAUCUAUUCCCUCGUAAGCAGGAGGUUUCGUCAGUCAUUUAAGGAAAUGCUUUCUUAAACCUCAAUGAUUAGCAGUAAGUCACUUUUAGAGUUAGGUGGAAAAAGACAACACUUGUAGAUGUGGCUGUACUACCUGAAAAUAUUAUAGUUUAACCCUUGUAGACUAGCAGAUUGCAUAGUCGUUUUUCUACUGUCUUAAACUUAACAGUAAUUUGAGCUUUCGUGUUUCUCAAGCUUAAUUACCGUGGUAAGUCUAUGUUUGAUAGGUAAUAGGUGACAGCUUUGUGUUAAGGAGGGCUUUAAGAAUAGUCUGUCUGAAAAAUAAACCAUUUAAUCCAUAUUAUCUUGUCUAAUUUAAUGCAAAUGGUUCUGAUGUUGUUAUAGUUGAUAUUACAGUCAAACCUGUAUUUUAGGACAGCGCAUUAAGCGCCGCCGUAUUAAGCGAUCGGUUGUUAAACUCCCAUAUAUGUUUCCCCUUUGUUACUGUAAUUUUAACCCCUAAUUAGCGGUCACUUCUAUUAAUCUUUUACAGCCUAACAUCAGUAUGCAUAUUCUCCAUACUGUUCUUUAUACAUUUCCUAAGGUGCUGACAAGGAGAAUUUGUUCGUCGAUCUAAAGGUUCCUUCCCUGGUGACCAUUUCCUAUAUUCUCAUGACCUUAAUGUGUGAUUCAGGAGUGAUAUUGUUGUGAGAAAAUAGAUGCUAGUCACUCUUAGAGGUUAAAGGGUUAAGCGGUCGUGGUCACUCGUGACUGAGAUCCAAAGGCCUGUUUUUAUUGUCUUGUCACUUAAAGAAAAACUACUAAAAUAAAACUACAAAUAAUUUUUCAAGUAAAAUUUAAUCUGUUUAUCUCCAGAAAUAAAAAAUGCAGAGGUCAAUUAUGAUAAACUGGUGUUGUUUCUCUUUCUUUUUAAAUGACGCCUCUAUUCUGUACAACCUGUAUUAAGCAGUCACCCUGUCAUUUACCGUGGGUGACUACUUAAUACGGUUUCGAUUUUAUGAGUAAUUGUAGUAAAUAUAAUCUAUAAUCUAGAAAUUUUCAGACUAAUGAGUCAUGCUGACUUGCACACCGUAGAACUUUUCAGAACAUUUCAUAUAGUCACGCAU